AUGAAUACAACUAUCAUUUUGACUGGUAUUCUCACUUAUCUUUUAAUUAUGUUAACAAUGACAUAUUCAUUGACAUUAUCAAGUAAAACAACUGAUGAUGAAAAUCAUGAACUUAAUGAAGAACCAUUGGUAUUAUUACCAUAUAAAUUUAAUUCAUUGUAUGAAACUGAUGGUUCAAUGUUUGAUAAUAUUGAUGAACAUGAACUUGAAAAACGACGUUUCAAUGCAUGGGCUGGUAAACGUAAUCUCAUACCAAAACCUCGUUUUAAUGCAUGGGCUGGCCGACGCUAA